CAAUUUCACAGAUUCGUGAUCUAGAGAAUAUUCACCACGAACGACUGCUGGAGACGGCUAUCGUUACGUUGGAGAAGUACGUAAAAAAUGAACUUGACGAUGAGCUCCCAGAAGAUCUUAAAAUGUUACUUGUUGACAAGGACACAAUUUCAAAUGCUGUCAGUGCAUCGCACGAUGUCCACAUGUUGAAGAUCGACAACAGAGAAGAUGAUAUCAUACAAAGAGCCAAUGGCUGGAUGGCGAGUCUCGUGGAAGGUAUCCACAACGAAGAGGAAGUCAAGAGGAACAGGGACAGAGUGAAAGAGAUCAGUAACUUCAUUGAUCAUUUGGGAGAUGAACUGGAAGUGCUGGACUUGCAGGGAACCAUUUAAUUCACAUUUCUGACCUCAGAAUAUGACCUAUAUGCUGGAAGUAACAUGCUAAGAUAUCAUCUUUGUACACAAAUCUGGAAAAAUUUCAAGUAGAGAUUUUUUAAUUCUUGGGAAAUAAUUUGUCAUUAAAUAUCCUUAGAAUUCCAAUAUAUCUCUCAGUUACCAUAGUUUUUCCUCAGUGGUUUGUAACACAAAUUCAAAAAAUGUUGAAUAUCAAAGUAGAGAUUUUUUAAUUCUUAAGAAAUAAUUUUUGCAAAUUUAAUGUCAUUGAAUGAAUAUUUUUAGAAUUUAAAUAUACCUUAUUAAUAGUUUUUUCUCGGUAUCUUAUAACACACAUUAAUAAUCAAAUACAAAGAGAUACAUUUGUAUAUAUGUACAGUACUGCUUUUACACUUGCUGCCCAAGUCACUUGUGAAUUUAUUGUCAUUAAACAUCUUUAGAAUUUAUUAAAAGUUAUAGUAAAUCAAUAAAUUUGUAUAGUGCCUGCUGUUUAAAA